AUGGAAGACAAGGCGCAGUAUAUCUACGCUUUCUUGGGCAUCGUGACUACGCUCUACUUCAUUUAUUGGAAGGCUGACCCGUUGUACCCUAUCCCAGCAAUCGGCCCAUCCGCCCCCGUCUUGUCCUAUCUAGGCGCAUAUAGAUACUAUCGUGAUGCCCGGAAGGUUCUCCAAGAGGGUUAUGCCAAGUACAAGGUCUUCCGAGUCUCCAUGCUCGACCGAUGGGUGGUUGUCGUGAGCGGUGCCGAUAUGAAUGAAGAGCUUCGCAAAGUGCCUGAUACGCACGUCUCUUUCGCACAAGCUGCAGAUGAAUUCCUUUACAUGAAGCACACCGUUGCGCCUGAUGUCACCACGCAUCCCAUCCACACGCCUGUGAUCCGUGGCCCGCUCACCCGUAACUUAAACUCGCUGUUCCCCGACAUCGUGGACGAGAUGAAGGCCGCCUUCCCAGAUGUUAUGCCUUCGCCCACCAAGGAUGGCGAAUGGGUAGAGAUUCCAGUACGUGACACCAUGGCACGCAUCGUUUCUCGGGUAAGCAAUCGUGUUUUUGUCGGCCUUCCGCUAUGCCGUAACCCAGACUACCUGGACACGGUUGUCGAGUUCGCACUCUCUGUCGCAAAGGCCAGAGACUUCCUGAGCAUUGUUCCGGGUGUGGUGAAGGACAUCGUAGGGAACGUCCUACCCUGGUCUAAGCGUGCAAUCCGCCAUGCCGCCAUAUAUAUUCAACCAAUGGUCCAAGAACGGCUGCGGAAGUUACGGAGCGCUCAUGGCGAGCACGCAGAUGAGUCGCACGACUAUCUGAUGUGGCUUAUCGAGGAGACAGAGAAGGCGAAACUGAAUCCCGACCUUGUAGUUCAAGGAAUUCUGGUCUCAAACUUCGCUGCCAUUCACACGUCAAGCAACAGCAUCACACACUCGCUCUUCAACCUUGCUGCGUAUAAACAAUACGUGCAGCCGCUUCGCGAAGAGGUCGAAGCUGCCAUCAAGGAACAUGGUUGGACGAAAGACGCCAUCGAGAAAAUGUGGAAGUUAGAUAGCUUCAUGAGAGAAUCGCAGCGCCUAAGCGGUAUCUCCGGCAUCUCCGUGAUGCGCAAGGGGACUCUUGUUGUCGCUGCAUCCUUCGCCACUCAUACUGACGAGAAGUACUACGAGAACUCCGAGAUAUUCCAGCCUUUCAGAUUUUCUGAAAUGCGCAUGGAGGGCGAUGCAAUCCGCAAGCAGUACGUGAAUACUUCCAGAGAGUUCAUCACCUUCGGUCACGGUAAGCAUGCCUGCCCUGGCCGUUUCUUCGCCGUCAACGAGCUCAAGGCAAUGAUGGCAUACAUCAUUCUACAUUAUGACGUGAAGCUCGAAGAAGGUAUUUCCAGGCCGGAAAAUGUGUGGGUUUGGCAUGAUGUCGCCCCGGCAAGCACGAAAGUUCUCUUCCGCAAACGCCAAUCGAAGGUGGAGUGA